GCUGAAAUAUUGGGGCCACAUGCAUCGGCAAAAGACGAGAACGCGCGCCCUGUGUCUUCUCUGCUUCCUUCUCGGAUACUGUCGUUUCCUGCAUUCCAGUUGAUUGGGAAGGGGGGCCGGGACGACCACUGAGUAGCGAAAUUCUAGGAUAAGAUGGAGGUUUGCGAGAGACUUUUGUGUCUGGCUGUGGUGUCCAGCGUUCUCUGCGUUGGCUCGGUUCUGGGGAAAUACGUGAGAGGUAUCGUCAACACCAAGGAGGACUGGUUGUUCCUUACUCGCUUCUGUUUUCUCACUGACUUUGGACGUCUGGACUUCCGGUUCCGCUACCAAAAGUCGCGAUGCUGUCAGAAUAUAUUGCUCUACUUUGAUGACAGCUCUCAGUGGCCAGCUGUGUACAAGAAGCCUGACAAGGACUGCUACCAGAAAGAGGCGGUGUUGAGACCAGAGAAUAACCAGGUUAUCAACCUGACCACACGCUACACCUGGUCUGGCUGUGUGGUGGAAGGAGAGGGAGAUGAGGAGGUGCUGAGUUGUGUGGGAGGUCGUAGUUUCCGCUCGGUGAGGGAGAGAUGGUGGUACAUUGCUCUAAGCAAGUGUGGGGGGGAAGGUUUGCAGCUGGAGUAUGAGAUGAAGCUGACCAAUGGCCAGUCUUUCUGGACACAACAUUUCUCUGCAGACGAGUUUGGGAUCCUGGAAACUGACAUCACGUUCCUGGUUAUCUUCUCCCUGGUCUUCAUCCUCUCAUGUUAUUUUGCCUAUAAUCUGAAAGGAAGGCAGCUUCUCCAUACGACAUAUAAGAUGUUUAUGACUGCGGCUGGUGUAGAGGUUGUCAGCCUUUUGUUCCACUGUAUCUACUGGGGCCUGUAUGCCAGAGAUGGAGUGGGCAACGGCAGUCUCAAGAUAAUGGGGAAAUUACUGUUCUCUGUCAGUUUCCUGGUGUUCCUGCUGAUGCUGAUCCUGCUGGGAAAAGGCUUCACUGUCACCAGGGCGAGGAUCAGCCACAGUGGAUCUGUCAAGCUGUCCAUCUACAUGACAGUCUACACCGUCACCUAUAUCAUCCUCUUCAUAUACGAGGCAGAGUUCUUUGACCCAGGUGAGGUGCUGUAUGCAUAUGACAGCCCGGCGGGCUACGGUCUGAUGGGUCUCCAGCUGCUGGCCUACGUGUGGUUCUGCUACGCCGUCCUGAUCUCCCUCAAACACUACCCUGAGAAGCAAUCCUUCUACAUCCCCUUCUUCACGGCAUACACACUCUGGUUUUUCGCUGUGCCCGUCAUGGCUCUGAUAGCUAACUUUGGCAUCCCUCGCUGGGCACGGGAGAAGAUCGUCAACGGCAUCCAACUGGGAAUCCACCUCUAUGCUCACAUCGUAUUCCUCGCUAUCACGCGGCCCUCUGCAGCCAAUAAGAACUUCCCGUACCACGUGCGGACCUCUCAGAUCGGGAUCCUGCUGUCUAGUCCGAAGGCGGGUGUGGCGAGUGAGAGUUUCCCCCACCAUGCCUAUGGGAACAGCUCCUUCCUGGGCGACUCCCAGCCCAACUUCACAGAACUCUUCUCCAUCCAGUCGGGCCCAGUGAAGACGGUGGAGGAGACGGUGGGCCGGAAGAGACAGGAAGUGCAGAGGAACAGUGAGCAUAAGAUCAUCACCACCACGGCUGACCUGUCGUCACCCACCUUCCCCCCACUCCCUCCCCCCAUGCUCCCCCGCCUCUCUGCCCACUCCCCCCCUCCCCCUCCACGACUCCCCUCCCACUUUACCGAGUACUUCAGCAUGCAGGGGGGAGGGGGCGUGGGCACCAAGGCAUGAGACAGACAGAGAGAAAGAGGGACACAGAGAGAAGGAGAAAGAUCGAGAGGGAGGUGGAGGAAGAUCCGGUAGCACAGAAAACAGGUCAAGCUAUGUAUAGCCACGAGGGAAGGAGGGAUGGAUAUAAGGAGGAAGAGAAGGGGAAGUCAUCAUAAGCAGACAUGUGGAAUAGAAGUUUGAAACGUCCCAUUUUCACCUCUAAAUGGAGAGAAUGAAAAGAAAAGAAAAAAAAAGCAAUAAAUAUUUGAACAUGAGCAGGGAGAAAGGCACCGGGAGGGAGAGAUGACAGAGUGGAUGUAGCCCGACCAAUAGAAUGAUAGGAGCGCACAGUGGAGACUGAACAAAACUCCUAUGAACACUUUUAUUCAAGAAUUUAUAAGGCAUCAAUGGAGGGGCUGAGGGAAACGUGUAAAUAGCUGAAGAGAAUGAGUUCCCAUUACUCUAAAAUAGUUGCAGAGUUUAUAUUACAAAAGGGAUGUUUUUUCCCCACAUUGUCAAAUUCCAAGUGGUGCUGUGACCAUUGCAGUUCUCAUGCCAUUACAUUGUACAAGAGUAAAAUGUUCACUCAUAUCCUGAAACAAUACAUUCAUGUUUUUUUCUUCAUGUUUGACAGAUGUUGUUAACACAAAAUAUUGAAUUUCUCCAUAUAUAAUAUGUUGGGAUGAUUUAUAUUCUUAGAUAUGCUGAUUGCUCCAGGCUUUAGGAUUGAUAUACUGAUGUUUAAGUGUACAAUGUUCAGUUUACUGUGGACCACUGAGGUACUGCUAAAACAAGCAUGUCUCUAAACUGAUUAUACUCCAUGUGCUCAUACAGUGCGCGUGCCUGUUGUACUACUAUUCAAUAACUUUGUAUAUUUCAUACCAUAUAGGCUAGUGAGGAGGUGUUAAUGUCACUUCUUCUUCUGGAACCUUAUGUCAUACUGUCCCCAGACAACGGUUUCAACUCCCAAUACUACUGUUCAGCUCUCACUGGAGUGCAAGAUAUUAGCUUGCUCUGAAUGUAAUUCCUUGAUGUAUGUAGACCUUGGUGAAUGUAUUAAUGCAAUAGAGCACAAGGAAAGGGGUGGUUUUAAAGUUACAUUUUAUACUCUUUUUUUUUUUUUACAUAGAAAUCAUACUUAUAGCUUGUUUUACUUUCAAUUUCAGCCUCCAUCCUUGACACAUGAUUUAAGGAGGGAAAGUUGUCCAGCGAGGAUAUGAACUAACUUCACAAUCACCCCCCCCCCUCACUAGUAUGUAAUGAUGUCAUGUCAACUGUGUGAGGGGCUCAUUGUUGUUUAUCCAUAAGUAGGAACAGUAGUUCUUCCUGAACAUGAAAAGUCCUGGGCCCAUAAACAACUAAAGCAAACCUCUUAGGGUAACUGUGAAAGUAGUAGCACCAACGUCCUGUUUGUCCUGCAUGAAGCACUUUAAUGUUCCCCUUCUCUUAGUUUUCUGUUCCGCCAUUUAUUUCAAAGUGACUUUGAAUAGUGCUUUAAUCUGGAUCAUACGUAUCCACACACUACAUCCAAUGAUAUAACGGUAUCAAAUAUACAAAUGUUACCUGUAGAUAUGUUCAUAUUAAUCAAUGUUAUCAAGUGUCAUUAUCAGACAUUUAAAAAUGUACAUGUAUCUUAACAUUAAGUUGAUGAAAUAGCCUAAUGAUAUCAAUGUAAGGGGGGAGGGUGUAAUUCAUAAAACAGUGUCAAGGCCAAUUUACCACCUGUUUCUUCGAAGAAAUGGAAGAAAUGGAAGUAAGGAAGUAAUGGAAGUAAUGGAAGUAAGGAAGUAAUGGAAGUAAUGGAAGUAAUCAACUACAUUGUAUUUUUUUGUAUAACUUGUUAAUAUCUCAGUAUGAAACGUGCAACUCUCUUUGAUAUUUUUUUAUCCAA